CAUAGGCUACAAUGGACUUAAGUGCCCCUUAAAAUUAAUUAGUGGAGCUCGUUUAAAUUUGUUCUUAUAAUUUCAGAUUUAUAGGAGAUCCUCUAGAAGCAGUAUAGGCAUAUCUCAUAUUUAAUGUUUAAUCAAUUUAUAUAGGCCUACUGUACUGUAGUAUUUAUAUAGUAGCCUAUGUAUAGGCUAUAUAUGCCCCUGUUAAGCUAGCGGUUUGCCGAAGUUUGGCCUAAACUGCCUGUCGGUUAGGCUACUUAAAGCAAACUUUAGGUUAAUUGUAAACACUAACCAAUAAACUAACAAAUGUUUAGGCUAUAUAGCUUCAAGUUUUAUUGAAUCUCAAGGCUGCUUGAAUGUCCCAUAUAGGCCUAUCAUGACAUCUGUGGGACCAUGAAAAACAAAAGUGCCGUUUAACAUAUCUAAAAAAAAAAUGUAAACAAUGUAGCCUAUCGGGGUUGUUUUUAUGCGCCUUAAAUCUUAGCGCCAAAAUAGUGAAUGUACCAAUAAACUCUCAUUUAAAACUAGCACAGACCUUGACCCAACGAUUCCCAGGACCCCAUUACAAACCACAAACCUGUAAUAGGCUGCAACAUCCUUUUCAUAUGUUGUGGAAAUCAGGUUACAACCUGAGCCGCUCAUAUUUAUGAAUGUGUAUACUUUUUCUGCACGCCAUUAAAAUGAUUCUCAAUUUAAAAUUUAUAGGAGAUGCCCGCAUAGGCUAUCCCAUUUUUAAUGUUUCAUCAAUUUAUCAAUUAGUUAUAAAACAUAGCUUAUUAGACUAUUUUCUUUUAAAAGAUGACCCAAAUAAAUUAAUCUUAACCUCAAGAAUGGCACCUGUGCGGUCAGUUUAAAAUGAAUUAUUUAUAUUAACAUUUUAACAUAUGUGUUUGGUGCACCAUCAAGGCAAUAGCUCACAAUUUGACAAGCCUGCGUUCAAUAGCGUUGCCGUUGAAUGAGCUAUUUCGACCUGCCGUGAUGUCCAUCAGAAUUCUCUGAUAGGCUUGUUGAUGCUUGUAGGCCUAUAGCCUACAUGUCAUUGAAAAUAGGCUGCCCCCCGCGGACAGUAGGCCUACAAUAUUAAAGCAAGAAUACUCAAUUACAUUAAUGAAUUAUUUGAUUUUACACGCGGAGCAUAACGUUCAUUGUUUAAUAAUAAUACGAAAUACGUUAUUAAUUUGUAUAAUAUGUUCCAAUAAAAUGAAUUAUCUAUUGUAGAAUAGUCCUGUUGCGGUUUUCCCUGCUUCAGACCUUUUUGACGUUAACGUUUAGAGUUGUGCCUGAUCAGUCUCACUGUCGGAGCAAUUUCUUGUAGUUGAUUUGUUGGGACCUUUAAUAACACCACGUAAGUUUAGCUAAUUGAGUCACAAGAUGUUGACAGAAACAUCUAGGUUUAUUAAUAAUGGACAAAGUUCUUAAAUCACAAUACUCAACUAUAUGUUUGUUUGUUUGUGUGCAUUUAUUUAUUCAGAUGUUAAGUUACAUUGCUUUAAAAAGAGAGUUUACAAAGCAUACGCCUGUACGACAUUUAACUAAUCUUUUUUCCCCCUCUUGCUGUUGUCUAGGCUUAGGUUUCUAGACCCAAUAAAUAUUCCCCAGGCUUAUUUACACGGAGUUGAAUCCACAACAGUCUAAUAUCUUAGGCUAUGCUAUUAGCCUAACAAAGAAGAGUAGGCCUACUGCUUUGUCAUACCUAUCUAUCAUACUUUAUCUGCUAUUUGUUUGAUUACUAUAUCUGCAGAACGUCAGUGUUCUAUCUAAACAAUCUGAUGAAAGUAUUUAAUAUUUCAUGUUCUCAUUUUUAAAUAUCCUAGCCUAUAUUUAAGGAUAGGUGAUGUUGUUUUUAAGGUGCAAACUGGUUUUGAGCUUAAAUAAUCUUCCGUAUCGGUGUUAAGGUCUGUAACGAAUGUCAAACAGAGAGGGUGAAAUGGACGACGUGUUUUUUCCUGUCAAGGGCAGGGAUGCUCAGAUCCGGACUCGAACUGAUAAGGAAGAGUUUGCCUGUAGCACGAGUUCUCUUUUACGCAAAGGCUUCUGGGUAACUCAGGGGCAGGCACAUACACAUGCAGAUAUGACACAGCAGGGUGAAAGGUUAUUUCAGCCCACCCCCAACCAGCUCACUCUGUAAAUUCAGGUUGCAUGUACCAACUCAUACGUUCUGAAAGAAGAAUGUAUUUGAGAUGGGAAGGAACUAUUCACAUUUUUGGCAUAAGAAUCCUCUGACUACUUUUAAUGAUUGCUUUCACAGACGUGAAAAUUGUUUAAGUAUUGUUUUAAGUUGAACAAGGGUUGUUUAGAGAUAGUCGUGUUUAAAGUGUGCCUCGCGAUUUUCAUGGACACGACAGAAACAUUGGGCUUACAUUCAUGAAACUGUUCUGUGUGCACGUGUGUACAAGAGAGAUAUGUGUAUCCCCAUUUAGGUUCGAUGUAUUCGUCCCACGAGAUGUUUUCGUCAUGUUUUUGAAUGUCGUUCAACAUUUAGCCUACUACAUCAUCCUCAAAGUAGCAUUUCGACAACAAUAAUUUAGUGGAGUAGACGCGCAAUGUUUUGAUUCUGCUAGAACUUUUAAUGAAUUUUAUCUCCUCCGUGACUUUUUGUGUACUAAUUUAUCGUGGAUGCAAAGAAAACAUUUUACUAAAAUGUAAACUAAAAAGUUGUCUAAAUGUGUCAUUAGAGAAAUUCUAAAAACUUAUUCGAAAUCGCUGAAACACUUAAGCUGCCCCCUAUAAAAUUACUAGACAAUUUACAUAAAAAGGAAAUGUGUUCUUUGUUCUCCUAUUGUUAGCUAAAGCGCGACGAACAAACGUCCUCUUACCUCUCACGCUUUCUAAUGUGAAAAUCUUCUUCAUCAAACUUUGAGCUCGUGAUCCUUAGCGAAAAGUAUGCGCACAUUUACUUGAUUUAACUUAAUGAUAAAUGGGCUGCAGUGCGCAUUUUUAUUUGUCACCGGACGUCUUUCCCAUGCUGUUUGAGACUCCGUGCACGUUGUAGUGAGGUAGCCCACGCGGACCCCCACUCGGCGAGUCCGUCACGUUUGAGGGUCCAGGGCCCAUCCUGAUUUCCCCGCAAUAAAUGAGUCAAACUCACAACUCUCCCAAGAAAUGAUCAAAUAUUUUAUUCUUUUCUUGAAUAAUAAAAGAAAUCACGUGUAUAACACGAGUUUUAACCUGUCGAUUUAUUUACAUAAAAGGGGUUAGAAAUUACCUUUAGCUAUAUAAAUAUAGCAACAGCAUUAUAUAAAUAGCCUAUUCAAUGAUAAUUCAUCACCGUAUUGCCUCACUGACUUAUAACGUAUAUGCAUUGCACUCUUUGUGAUCAAAAUGAAACAAUUGGGUUUGUGUUUGUUGUCUUAUUAACUCUGCUUUGUGAUAGUUGUAUAGUGCAUGCUUUAAUGAAUUUAUUUGCAUCCCAUAUAUAGCUAAUAAUAUAGCCUGCAUAGUGUUUAUCAAAUAAAUAUAUUCAAAGGAGGCUCCCGAAUGCAGAAUGCGCUGUUAUUGUUUCCAGUAAAUUGCAUUGGAAGUCAUGAAAUCCCAACGUUUUGUGCGUUCUUUGAUCAAUGAUUAAAUUUAACAUGAUUUUCGAAAAGUGAUCAACUUUUAAAAAUAAAUCUUAAAACGGGACAGCAAAACAUUUCUAAAGGCAAACCCCUCAACUCUUGCACCCACGACGUUGCACACUGGGUCGAAGAUCAAUCAUUAUCACUCAUGUCACAAUUGAGGACUGUUCAAGCUGUGAGGUUUCAGAAUCAAAGGACCAGGACCUGCGUGUUGUCUUUCAAAUGAUGUGUGCCCCUUGGAUAAAAGUUAUAGAGAGUUCAGCAGAGGUUGGAAUAAAAUUGACUAUCAACAGCGCUAGACUGCAGAACAUUAAAAUACCAAUGUAGCCUAUAUGCAAGAAAAAUAAUCAUGUUACAUAAUACAGCUCAUUAAUGCAGGUCCAACAAUAUUUGAGACAUUUUCUCAUCGCUCAAUUUGGUCUGUUUGAGUCAGAACAACUGCAUAGCUGCUAUAAACUCUUUGAGCGGAAAUAAACUGUCUACAAGAGAAAUAAUUAUAUAAUAGCAUAAAUGAAACUCUGAUAUUAAUCUGUAAGAGUCAGCAAUUUUAUUUUAUUUUUUUGUAUGCAAAUUUGUACCAUGUAUAUAUGUUGACAAUAUUUAUUUCACACAUUUCAUUUAAAAACGUAAAAUCGGUGUUGUUUAAAUAUAGCUUAUUUGCAAACAUAUAAACAUUCUGUUUGUUUCGAUGAAGCAGUUGCAGCAGGACCCACAGCAAUAAGGGGCUGCACUAGGAUUUAACGCUGAAGGAUUAACAAGAGACCGAGUGCACUGAAUCAACAGGACGACGACUCACUAGGAAAUGUAGCCUGGAGUAUAGAGUGACAUAGCCUACAUUCCCUUAAAUCUUUAUGAACUAUAGUCUAUUUUUGUUGCCGCCCCUGCGUCGAGUGAGGUGGUAACGCGUACAUUCUAAAUACCGAUGCUGAUUUGGCACUAAAUGGGCUGUGGUGAUUAACACGGACCACUUCCACCACAUAGCCCGUAGCUCUGUGUGCACGGUAUAAUCAUGUAAGCACGGACGCAAUAAUGAUGCCAUAAGCUAGCAUUUAACAAUUCAUCAUCAGCAUGAAUACAAUGAAGGCACAGAGGGUUUAAUUGUUCCUACCUAUUCAGUGUACCAUAAACGUAUUUCAACCAAUAGGCCUAAGCUAUAUUAAUAUUCAAUUAAUAUUAAGUAGGCCUAACAGGCUACAAUGACAAACUGAUAUCCUGAACUAGCACUUCCAACAAAAAUGUUGGUGUAUGUAGCCUACGCUGUAAGCGCCGCGAGUAAAACAGGCCUAGCCUAUAUAACACUAAAGUUCAAACCAAUAUGUCACUGGUUUGUUCAUACUGACUGUUUUCCGUUUGUAUAGGUCUAAUAGGCACCAUGUGAAGGGUGAUAGCAGGCAGGUCAUUUACAUUCAAAUGUUGGAAUGAUUGAAACUGAACAAAUUCAUGAAUAUCUGUUUCCAGUCAUUAGAACUGUCAUAAACGUAGCAAAACAUCGAUUGCUUUUGGGUGCUAAAAAAAAAAAAAAACACCUGAAAACCAAGACCUUUACCGCCUGCCAGGUUCAUGCUACCUUCAAGUGCUAUCGGAAUUAUCGUAAAUUCGAGUUUCCUUGUUAAAAAUUUGACAUGAACGCCCUCUCAAGUCAUAUUUACCUUUGGGAAGCUCGGGGAUAAUUUUGAUACCCAAGUUCCCGAGAUGGGCGGGCUACAAACUUUAAACAUGGUGGAGGGGAGAACGAUUGCUACUGUGACUGGUAUUUACUUUUUUUUCCCACAACAGCUACAUCGCCUUGUCGUUAAAGUAGUGCAUAUUUACAAAUAUGAAUAAUCAUUUGAAGCGUAGCCUAUUGUAUGUUUUACACAGCGAAAAUAGCCUGAAUUUGACUGAAAUUCCAGAAUCGUCAGUCAGAUCUAGAGAGCGCGGUGAAUCUUCAGUCUAGGCUAUAUGGUUGUUAAAUGGGACGCUAAAUAUCAUUUUGACUUUAAUGAGAUUUUCCCAAUAAAUAAGCAAACCUGGUGUCCUCCUCAUGAUUCCUGUUCUUUCCGACAACAAAGCACUUGAAUGCGACGAAUUCCUAAUCAUGACUUCAAAAGUGGGAAGUAGGAAAUUUCCAAUAGCACGUGAAGGCAGCAUCACUCCAUGAAAAACAUAGUAUUCAUCCAUGCACAGAAGCCUUGUAUUCUACUAUGAACACAGUGGAAAUUUUGAAUACUGUAUCAGGAGUAUCUAGUGUUUCACAAUGUUUGUAAGUUUUUACUAAGAGUUUUGUGAAAUAAGAAUGUAGCCUACACAAGUUUAGCAGAAGACUUUUCUGUGAAAUAACAAAAAACUGUAUUGUAUUCUAGUUUAAAUGACUUUUUUUCUGUUCAUUCUCUUUCCUCACCAUUGUAAAACGGCAUAUGUCUGUACACUGACACAAACGGGGGAGGGGGAAGUCUUUGCUUGUGAAGACCCGUUAUUUUCUCUUUCACGUUGGUAGGAAGUGGGAUGGAGGCCUGCCUGAUCUGUGAAAAAAUGGACUUUGUUCGAUCGCAAAAAAGUAUGAAUAAUAGCCCAUCUUUCUAACUCACACACAUACGAAGACCUAUAGUACUGAACAAAUACGAUGAUUUUUUUUUUACCUUGAAACGUUUACCUGUAGGCCUACAAAUAUUCUUAUUUAUUUCAUUUUUGUACACACGUGUUUUCUUACAUUGUCCUCUAUAAAAAAAAUUAUAUCCUGACACAUCAGCUCUGAUUUAAAAAUUUGAAAAUAUGUAUUAAUUGGAAACUCGAAACAAUAGCUCUGAAGAUUUCUCAAAGCCUGGCUAAAUUAUUGUACACACAUAACGUUACCUUAAGGGGCGUGCUUACACACACACACACACACACACACACACACACACACUCAAAUGAUAAAAAGCAUUAGCUGAGUUAAUAUAUAUUGUGAUGUAUGUUGAUUACAUAUGCAAAGAAAUAAAACCACUAUACACAAUUGUUUACUAAUCUUUUUUUGCAUCUGAAUUCAAAUGAGCUUUGGGGUUGGAAAAAUGCAACCAUCGAUAUUUUCAGUCGGCUUUUAACUUGCCACUGUAAAUAAACAGUGUUUGCUUCAAAUUACAGGUUUUAUCUCUGUUUGAGUUAAAAUGCUUAUCUCGCUGAAAUUAAAUAGAUUACAAAAAAUAAAUGCAUCAAAUUUUGCAGAGUGUAGUAUAAAGACAUUUAAAAUAGUAAAACGCAUCUAAAUGAAAUGCGAUAACGAUAUCAUGACAAUGUUUAAUUAUAUUAUGUAUUUAUAAUUUUAAGCUGCACAUCAUAUAUGCUUCCAGACCCGUUUGUCAGCAUUAAUAUUUUUUUAAAACACAACAAAACAAAGUUGUAACAAUACUCCUACAAAAUGACUCAUAUUAAUUUCUAAGCAUGAAUUUAUCACGAGCGAAUUAUUAGCUUUAAGAGAGGUGGGAUUACAACAGUAUGGUAAUUAGCUAGGGGGAUGGGGGUGGCCAUGGGUGGAAUAUCCAUUUUUAUUGCAUCACCUGUCAGUAACGUCCAAUCAGCGUCGACUUUGGGGGCAUUAAUUGAUGAAGGUGUCUCCGGCCUUGCUCAGUUCCCACUGUCAUUUUAUUUGUGACUAAACCAGCAACGGGAAUAGCAGCUGCAUUUUGGGCUCUAUUUCUCUCUCUCCCUCUCUCUCUCUCUCUCUUGCUCUCUCUAUCGCUCACUCCCUCUCCUUUUCCCUUCCCUACUCUCUUCGCUUUUUAUCCUUCUCACUGGCAGUGCAGUUCACCUUCCUCUUUUCCUCAUGGCCAAAUGGGAAGGGAGCUGAGGGAGCGCAGGUAUACAGGAGCUCAGACAGGCAGCAGCCAGCCUGUCGGCAACAUCACACACAUUCCAUCGAUCAUGCAGUGCUCAGGUCAAUGGACUGAUUGUUUUAAUUCAAACAGGCCAUUUCAUUUUUAUUUUUCUAUUUAAAACUUUUUGUUCAUCACGCAGUGUGGACAUGUCACAGCCCAUGCUGUACCGGUCAGCAGAAUGCCUUGAAAUAAAGAAGCAGCACUAAAGCUACUUUAAGGACAUCCGCCGCGCUAAAUGUUGGAAUUAAUGCAAUGAAGAAGAUGGGGGACUUGGAAUCCGGUUUUGAGGAAAUGCAGGGUGUAAAGCUUGGGUAUUUGGUUAUCAAAGGCAAACAGAUGUUUGCCCUUUCUCAAGUCUUCACCGACCUCUUGAAAAAUAUUCCGCGGACUACUGUACACAAACGAAUGGACCAUUUAAACGUGAAGAAGCAUCACUGUGAUUUGGAGGAACUGCGAAAGCUCAAAGCAAUAAAUUCUAUAGCUUUCCACGCAGCUAAAUGCACUCUGAUUUCAAGAGAGGACGUUGAGGCACUGUACUUUUCAUGUAAAACUGAGCGCGUAUUGAAAUCAAACAAAAGAAGGGAAAAGACGAAAAAUGCCUCCGAAAAAAUGUGCGACGGCAAAAAUCACACAUCUGCCAGAAGUGACUUUUGGAGAGAGAAAGUUUGGUUGAGUUUGCAUGGCGUUCCGCAGACUUUUUCAUUCAAAAAUAAAGCUGUUCGACAGGACCCUGUCCCUCGCACUCACUCAAAUCUACCUCAAAUUUACAGUAAAUCCUUCGCCCGUGACUUUCAACCGGUCACGAAGUCGGCAUCUACACCCUUUAAAAACUAUGAAACAGAUCAAAUACCUGACAACUGUGUGGCUUUUAAUCAGAAACACGCGUUUUUUCGGCACGUUGUGAAUCGGCAACCGCUGAUCUAUCAGUCCGCCAUUGCAGCGCAGGCAAAGCACCAAGGCAACGCAGAUCUACUUUAUAAAAGGAAGAGGAAGCGCGAGAGCUGCGUGAGGCAGUUUUGGUCGAGGAGCAAACGCAGCCAUCCGGUUUUGCUCGUCCCGAAGUGCUGUAAACCAAAAGUUCCCAACGGAUCUUUGAGCCAGUUUCAUCACCUCGAGCAUGGAUUAUACGUUGAUCCUCGGCAUACUGGACAUUUUCAGGAAAGCUGCAGCAGCGACACGGAAUCUAGCUCCAUUUCAGAACGGGUGAACAACGAUUCGGAUUUCGGGUCGAGUUUCUCUACCACCAGCAACUCCGGGACUUCAGAUGAGGAGGAGGAGGAGGAUGACUCUCUAUCGGACUCUUCAGAUGUCAGUAGCGAUGAAGAGAGCUCCUCUCAGUCUGAUUCCAGCUCUGUAUCCAGUCAAGUUUCAGUGCAGAGCAUUCGUUUCAGGCGUGCAAGGUUCUCAAGUCUCAACACAAAAGCACCUCUGCUCCUACAGCCAACUUUUCACUACAGGCCUAAUGUGCAGAACAUACCCACUAACCAAGGAGUAACGACUACUUUGGACUGUGAAAGAACUGGCAAAACUCAAAAAUCGGACUUCUCAUCGUCCAGUGAAGCACACAGGGAUGGUGAUGCCGCAAACGUGCAGAAGUUUUGCCCGGUGCGGACCUGUUUUCCAGAUUUAAGAGAAAAUGAGGGCUCUGAAGCACAAUCGCGCCUUGAAUUUUCAAAUGAUCCAAAGACAACAGACUCUGUCGCUAACAAAAUUAAAGAUAUUGGGCUUUCACCUCAUGCAAAUGGAAACAAGGCGUUUCCCCAACAAAGAAUACCGGGUUCUGCAAACAAAUGCUCCCAAGCCUUGAUCUCCCACUGUGUUCAGGACAAAGAAAUAACGGUUUGUAAGUCUUCUGACAGCAAUCUUUCAUUAGCAGCAAAUUCCAAGAGAGAAACAAAAACUUCCCUCAAACUGCCUUCACCUCUAAAACCUAUCAAAACAGAGGCCGAGGAGCUCAUCACUACCUCAGGCUUCAACAAUGAGGGCAACAGGGCAGUAAAAACGCCACCAUUUUUACUCAACAACGUGAAGAUUAAAGUCGAGGACACCUUUGACGAAUAUGAAUAUGCAAAUCAGCCCCAGGAAUAUCAAUGUAAGGAUAACGACGCUGAUGGUCAACGCAUCAGUAAUCAUUUUAAGGAAACUGACCACUGCAAAGCCACAGAGAGCUCUGUUCAAAAACACCCUCCCUGUAACGAGGAAUCAAGAAGCACUUUAAACACUCCUUGUUCCGAGGAAGGGGAAUGCAAAAAUGGUGCAAGGGUCAGAAAAAACUACAGGGCAAUGCUUCUGGGUAAGAAAGUCGAAAGUGUGAGGACACCCGCGAAAUCAGUUGCAAAAGUUGACCGGAGCCCCCGUUCUGCCGGAAAAUUCGCUAGCAAUGAGGGAUCGAAUGAAGACUGUGCGGGAGCGAGCAAACGUAAACGAACGAACGCCAAUGUAGCAUCUCUGAAAAAGCCCUUCAGAUUCAUGGCGAAUUUUCCCUCUCCGCCGUCCCUUGUUAUUGGCAGCGAUGGAGAUUUGAGUCCCGCUUACUCUUUGAACUCUUUAAGAAGUAACCAACUGCCUCAUAGUUCUCACCCAGUGUGGAGAUGGCAGCUCGGUCAUUCAGUUGUUCCCCCCCCUCCAAGCCACAAAUUCAGGAAAGCCUCUGUUAUCCCUUGAACUGUUGUUUUGAGCUCGGGGGAAAUGUCUUAAAACUGUGACAAGCACUGAUACCCGUAUAUACUUGUUUUGUUUUCAUCGUUGUUUUCAAUGCAUACAUUUCUGGCCUGUUGUUAUGUAGCACACACCGUCCUCAUAGAGCACAGGCUGGUCUAUUCAUCGAGGUUUGGGACUCGGGAAUAUACGGAGGUAUUUAUAAUAAGCUGGGCUAGCGAUAAAACGGUUGAUUUCAAAAUAACAUUAUUGACAUUGUGGAGCUGUUUGUGACCUGAUGGACUAAACUCUCAUGGAGCAAAUGUUGGCUCAUUUUGCAGACAGGGUUAACCAUCUCUCAUAAGGAUGGCGUUAUAGUGAUUGUCAGGUCUGUGUCAACUAAAAUGCUGAUUUUGUUUUUAAAACAUCUGACUUUGUCGGUAUAUUUUGGGCCAAUGUUUUUUCUUUUGUAUUUUCUCUUUAUGCUUCAUCUACAUACUGUAUUUCUGAAUUACUGUAGGCCGAUGAUCCAUACCCUUCUUAUUUAUUCAUUUUAAGGGUGCUCCCCAAUUGUUGGCGCCUGGUUGUGUUCACUCACACGCAGCACACCAUAACUCUCACGGUAGGCCCAACACAAAGGCCCACUAACUGACAAUCAAGAGCUGUUUGAUUUUGCACGAUGUAAUAGAGGGAAAAACACCAAAUCGAUCUCCUUCUAUAGCACAUUCAUAGCUUAAGGUAUAGAACAGCUAAAGCACAAAUUUACCAUGCAUUGCACUUUGCUAAUGCCCAUUAAGGUGAAUUAGUGAUGUGUUUUUAUUUUUCGAUUUUCUUACGCAAAAGAGCCAUCGCAAGUUAACCCAAAAACCUUUUUAAAAUCUGUAAUCAUUAACGUGGUGCUAUUUCCAAUAUGUUUGUUUGCUUUUGAGAGGUUUUGUUACUCGUUCUUAUUGUAAAUGGUGCCGAUAGCGAGCUAUAGGCAUACUGACAACUGCAAACAACAUCGUUUUACAUACGUGACGAAAUCAAAGAAAAAGACCUCGGUAGUCGAAUAUACACACAUUCUGGUCAGGGUAUACGACUUAGUAAAUGUUUAUUUCUCUUUGACUCAAGUAGCCUUGUCCUUUUCGUAUGGUCUUUUGAUUGUAUUUUUACUUCACUAGGCCUGUUUUCCAAGGAUAUGGAUUACCUUGGCACUCGAAAGCGUAUAACCUUAAAAAAACAUUCAAGUGUUAACUUGGUGUUCCACUACUAGAGUACCCUGCCCCAUAUAAAUGCCUUGUGAUGAAUGUACUGUGACGUACCAUAUUUGUUUACUUCAGCAAAAGCAGACUGCCUCCGAAACAGACCUUUAAAAGCAAAUUGUAUCUGUGAUUGGAUCAGCCAAGGAACUAAAUUAAUAAUUUUCUGAUUAUAUUGCCGAGGGGCGAAAAAAAAAAAUCAACUACAUUCUAAUUUUCUACAAAAGGAAAAAAAAAAAACAAUAAAUAAAUACAAAAUAUGUGACUCAUCACUGAGUAGGCAUAAACUAUGCAGAUUUGGCUAAAGCUAGGCUACUGGGUUCACGUCAUUCUGAGAAAACACGUAGGCCUAAUAGACUUUAAGGGUAUUUAACGUAUUAAAGUAUGGGCCCAUUACUUGUGUUUUGAUUAACGUGUGCAAGUGGGGAUAGACACUAUGUAGCCUAUUUAGCGAAAUUUCUGAAUGUUCCAAUGCGAUAGUGUGACACUCUUGACAGGUGAAUGAUUAAAAGCCUAUAGUAAGCCUUGUUCUAUAUUUUUAUAACGCGACUAUUUAAUGUCUGCUCUCUCGAGCGUAUAAAAGGAACAUUUUGUUCCUUUCUGUGUCAAAGUGCACUGCGGACAGAAUAGCUAUGUCGUCCCAACUUCACAGGAAUUAAUUCAAAACUAGCCAAAUUAAACAGAAUGUAGCGCACACAUCACAACCCCAUUAAGUUAAAGAAUUUCAUGAUCUCCACAAUGAACAGAAAUGGGAAAAUGACUCACUGUAAACAUGGUAGCUUAGGAUAUCUCAAGGUGGACUUUUUUUUUUAUCUUUCUGCUUUUGCUAAAAUACUUGAGGUCAGAUUUUGACAUGAUUUUUUCUUAAAUUGAAGUCACUGGUUGUUUAUAAAAAUGCAUAUUUAUUUUUGUGAUUUUCCUGUUUUUUUUUUUUUUUUUUUUUGUAUACCAUUGUUGUGUAGGAUAAAUGCACUCGAAAUGAAAACUUGAAAACGUGAGGUGGAUUUUGAAGCACUUUCUUUUUUUCUUUUUAUGGUGAAACUGUUCAUUAAAUGCAUCUGAGUGUGAUGUUA